GCGGCGGUGGUGCCUCGGGUGCAAGAUGUCACUCAUACCCAACCCCCAGUUUCUGCGGCCCCUCGCCUCGCUGCCCCUCGCGAGCAGACAGUCCCCGACCAGGCCCCUAGCCAGCCUGCUGCACCCUCAGAACACAAGCAGCUAGUCCGCCCACAUCUAGUAAAACGUCCAUCCACGGUCGCUGAAGAUGCUCAAGGCGAAGAACGUGCCGAGUCAGGUGUCCCAAAGCAGCGGCCUAUUCCACCUCGAGGGGGCAGUGUGACGCCGGAUGCCCAACCGAUGGUCGCAUUUCCUCCCACUCCCGAUAGAAGCAAGGAUCAAUUACUCAGCCCACCCAUAAGUCCCAAGGUGCCCACACAACCCACUGAGGCUGGUCAGGACAGUCAGCCGUCAGACAUUCGCCAGUCAGGUAGCCCGGGCAGAUCGGCGCACUUUUCCCGUCACUUGCUGGUGGCAGCCUUGGCCGGCGAGCAGCUGCACCAACCUCCCCCUCGGUCACUGUCCCCUGCCAAAUCAGCCAUGAAGACUCCACGCAAGACUUCGCUUUCUCCGGAGGGCCAAACUGAGUCCGUCCUCCGGCCAGGACCGCCUUUGAGCGAGUUAUCUGACGGGACCUCGGUAGCCUCCGACGAAGGGACUAAGCAAGGGAUCCGAAGGAAGCCAAUCAAGGUCAGUUUUGAUGACGAGGCGGAGGUGGUCGGAGUUGCUGCAAGUCCUCCAACAUCGCCGGAACAAACGUCUCCUGAGCCGCUCUCCGAGAAGCCCAAACCGAAGAGCCAUUGGUUCGGUGGGAAGAAGAAGCCGACUCCGCUGAACACAGAGUUUGACGAAGUGUUGAAGCCGCGCCGAGCUCUCCCGUCGUUUGGCAGUAUACGAGCCAGUCGGGACGGUGAGGCGCAAGAGAAAUCCGUGCCUGAAUUGAGCGACAACGAUUCGACGACAUCGUCUGACUCGCCUGCGGAAGCAUUGAGGUGGUCAUUCUCAAACGACCACGCAAUUGGGGGCCUUCUGACUGAACAGCAAUCGAAGGACUCAGAGCCCCGCGUGGCGCCACUUAUGCUCGCGAACGCAGCCGAAAGCGAAUCUGAGGCAGAGAAAUCGCCGCAGGAGAGUCAUUCUGCUGGUCAAGCGAAUCAGCCAGAAUUCCCGGCAGGAACGGUUGAUGUUUCAUCUCAUGCUGGGCAGGAGCGUACCGCAGAGACAACUUUGGCAGUACCCAAUAUUAUGGUGCAGCCGGCGUCUCCCGUGUUUGAGAAGGAGCGUCGGAGCCUCGAGUGGUAUGAAGUUCCUGGUGGUUUUCCUCGCUCGUCGUUGGAGUUCGACCCCAACGCCCAUGGUAAGAUGAAGGCGAAGGAGAAUUCUACGGAUGCUACCAACAAUGCCACCAUAGGCCCUUCCGAUGACGAAAGCGGUGACGAGUCGGGCGAUAGUAUCUAUAGUGAUGCUGAGGAGGGAACCGAAGGGAACGGCUUCGGGUCGAUCAAUGCCAUCGUGGACGACGAAACAGCGGCGACUCCGGCUUCCACGAGCACGGCCAAAAUACCUGCGGAGACUGGUACCAACACAGGGAGGUCUCACUCGCCAUCUACCGACUGGCCAGAUAUCCCUCAGACCUGUCAAAUUGCACACACGAUGACUACCUUCCCGGAUAAGGUUAUGGAACCGAUCCCAGAGUCCCCAGGAUCUUCCCACGAGCCCCUUCCGUUUUCGUCACCUUAUCCACCGUUUCCGACCCAGCCCAAGAACAGACGAAGCCCACCGCAAGCCGAUAUUUCACGUUCCUCUUCAGUCACUGUGCGUCCAGCCAGACAAUCCAUGCUGGUGGGAAGCAGCGACACAAUGCCUGGUGAUAAGGCACCGCGUGGUGUAAAUGGGUCAGCUGUAAAUGGGCAGUUGGCAUCCCAGCCUGAGCCCUCUCAUAUACGCCAGCGGCCGACUCCAGACAGUUCCCGGAGACGACCAGUUUCAUGGAGCCCAGCUCUUGCCGAAGGCGGCUCUCAGGACCUGAGCCGUACGCCGCACAUCAACGGCAACAAGACUUCGCCGGCGUCACCAAGACCCCUAUCCAGUGGUAGUGAUUCGUCCAGCAGCUUCAAACGGGCUAGUCGGCCUGCGCGUGCAGAAUCCAACUAUACCAUGCGACGGACCAUGCGGAAUACUCCAGGCCGCUUAGCCCCUAACAGAGCAUCGUCCCCGCCAACGGAUACCCGCCCGGUGUCUUCCGAAUCUGGGUUUGGCACGAUGCGCACAACCUUACGGGGGAAUGGACCUAAACGUGAGAAGCCCUCGUUGUUCUCCAACAAUAAGGCUCCGAAAUCCAAACUUACAAAGGCGCCGGGCGGUGGUUUCGCCUCCCGGUUUCCUGACUCGGACUCGGACGAUGAGGGGUACGAGGCCUGGAGGUCACGGCAUCGGUACGAGGAUUCCAGUGAUGAUGAACAGCGGAGCCCGAAUGCCAUGCGACCCGUCCGGGGCAUUCCUCGUCGGCAGGGCACGCACGACGGUGAUUCGACAGAACUGGAAGAUAGUUCCGAUGAGGAGCAUCGUGCACCCCCGCUAGCCAAUCCGCAGUCCCCAGCAAAGUCGAGCACAUCUCGGGACCCUGCGCUAGCCGUUGUGGCUAAGAAUCGCGGGAUGACGGAAGACGAGCUGGACGAAUUUCUUCGCCAACCUAAUCGGGGCCGAAAGCCUGGCCUUUUUAAGCGCUUCAGCAUGCGAAAGUCGAAGUCUCCCUUGGAUAGAGGCUUAGUAAAAUCUGCGGUGGACAGUCCCGCACGCAAUGGAGGGCCUCCAGAGCGGCCUCGGCCGGAUCAUGAACAAACCCGAGGGGAGUCUCCGUUUCCUGGGUCUGAGUCGAACAUUGUGACCACCAUCACGGCGACUAAUCCGCCCCCGCCCCCAUCCAAGCUACUUCGUCGGCCUUCCCAGCGGUCUUCCCGCAGCGACAACUGGCCAUUGCGCUCCGAUCGAAAGGAAACUCGAACGGGCUCACCCCUUCCUGCUUCUAGCCCACCAGAGCGACUGGCCACGGUCGAUGAAACUCCUCAAAACGGCAGUACGGUCGUUGCACCUACACAGGGAUCUGUCAAAGAGAACGUAGACCCUUCGACUGGAACGACUGGAGACAAGAGUGAGGGACGGCCGACCAACGUGGCGGACGUACCGAUCUCGUCCUCAGGACGCAAGAAACGGUUUCCCCGACUCCGGAAGGCGUUUGGCCUGCGCGGCUGA